CAGAGGAGAGGGGCGAGCUAUAGAUGAGCCCUGCACCAGCUGUGUUGGGCUCCAGGCAGGUCCCAGGGAGCCCUGCUCACAGAUGUUCUGGGAUGGAGUGAGAGAUGCCUCGUCCUAGAGGGACUCUCCUCUGGGCUCCUUGCUCCAGAGAGAAGUUGUUUUUCAUCCACCAGCUCCCUCCCUCAUGCCCCCCAGGUGUCAGUGGAGUAAUUCUGAGGGCACCUGUGUGGUCCCAGAUCCCCAAGAGGGGAGGGCAUCUGUGAUCUGCGGUUUGCUGUUGACUCUAUAAAUCCCCCAGGGCUGAGGCACGAGCACUGUCACUUUUCCCAGACAGCGACAAUGCUGAUCCUAAUCUUGCUGCCCGAGGCCUUUCUCUUGGCCCCCGGAGCUGGGGCUGGUGAGAUCAUUGGUGGACAGGAAGCCCAGCCCCACUCCAGACCCUACAUGGCCUAUGUGAAUAUACUACGUGGAGACAACAGUUUUCGCUGUGGAGGGUUCCUGGUGUCAGAGAACUUCGCCCUGACGGCCGCCCACUGCAAGGGAGACAAGAUCACUGUGUGCCUGGGAGCCCAUAACAUUAAACAACAGGAACAGAGUCAACAGAAAAUCUCCGUGCGCCGCCAGAUCCCACACCGUAAAUACAACAGAGAGACCUUUAACAAUGACAUCAUGCUGCUGCAGCUGGAGCACAAGGCAGAGCUCAAUGAACAGGUGGGACUCAUCCCUCUCCCCCUGGCUCAUCAGCGAGUGCAACCAGGGACCGUGUGCAGCGUCGCCGGCUGGGGCCGCACAGACGCACUCAGUAAGGUGCUCCCCGAUACGCUCCAGGAGGUGGAUUUGAAGGUGCUGGACGAUGAGGCCUGUCUGAAGUAUCCUGGUGGGAUGUAUCGUAACUUUAACACCCGCACGAUGAUGUGUGUGGGGGACCCAAAGGAGCACAAAGCCUCUUUCCAGGGAGACUCUGGGGGUCCCCUGGUGUGUGGGAAAACAGCCCAGGGCAUCGUCUCCUGGGGGCCUGACAAUGGGAGCCCCCCAAGGGUCUAUGCAAGACUCGCCACCUUCAUCCCCUGGAUACAGAGGAUGAUGAAGAAGCUGCAGGCCUGAGCCGUGCUGGGAAUCGCUGCAGGGCUGGGGCUGUGUCGCUUCUGUCCUUUGCAUUGGCCCAGAUGUAGCGGCUGCUUUGCAGAGGCGUUGACUCCUCGCAGGUUGAUCUCUCCCACCCCAGACAUCGCUCCUCUCAGGCAGUGCCCAACCCAUGAAUAUCAAAGUUGGGAGCCUGGGGGAGUUAUGAUCCAUGUUCAAUUCCAACUCCCUCAGCUCCCUUGGCAAUCCCAACCCAGGCCCUUAGGCUGUGUCUUCGCUAGGGAAACAGCUGGUUUAUUUCCCUGGGAUAACGGACACUGGUCAAACCUUGGGGCAGACACGGCAGUUUGUAGCCCUCCCAUAUGUCAACCAGUUGAGUGACCGUUUAUGAGGCAUCCUGACCUGUUAACUCCUGUUAAAACUGCAGCCUGCCCUGUCCUCAUUGGGCCUUUUCCACAUUAUUUUCCCCAGAGGUAGCCAGCGCCCCUUCCAAAGACAUCUGUUGCCAGCGCUGACAAGGGGAGCGGGAGUUUGUUCAUGGGAAGGGAAAUUAGCAAAUUAUACACUGAACUGAUUUCAGCUGAAAUGACAACUCUGCGUGCCUUCUUCUAACCUCCCCUGCCCUGCCCUGAUCUACUGCCUGGCCUGGUGCAUUUCGCUUGCUCUCUCUUAGCCAGCAAUGAAUAAAAAUGAAGUUGCAAA